AUGUGCGGCAUUCACGUUGUUCUUUCCUCGAGCUCCCCGCACACGUCCAGCCAUGACCUGGCCGCCCGGCUGCGGAAUCGGGGGCCCGAUCAUUUGGGCAGAGUCGUAGCGCAUGUCGGACCCGGCGCGCAGACUCUGACCUGCACCUCGACCGUGCUUGCGCUCCGCGGGGACCACAUCACGGCACAGCCCUUUUACGACUCCCGGACCGGGUCCGUUCUCUGCUGGAAUGGAGAGGCCUGGAGGAUCGCCGGGUGCGAGGUAGAGGGAAACGACGGCGAGGCUAUCUUCGGCCUGCUCGCGGAAGCAAGUGCUGCGGGCGCCGCGUUGGAUGCCAGAGGCGGCAUUCUUGAUGCUCUUCGUUCCAUCGAAGGGCCCUUUGCCUUCGCAUAUUUCGACAAGCCCUCGCAGACGCUCUUCUUCGGGCGCGACCGGCUGGGACGUCGGUCUCUUGUGUUCUACCAGGAUGAGGCGAGCGGCACCUUCAUACUCUCCAGCGUUCCGGAGUCCUGCAACCCUGCUUGGAAGGAAGUAGAGCUGGAUGGCAUCUACCACCUGACUCUUAGUGCUACUUCAGGGACUCCUCUUGCUGUCUCGCGGAACGACUGGCAAUAUGACGGCCAAGGCGAUCUGAUAUCGGGAAUCGGCGUGUUCAAUGUAUCUGGACCGCCUAAGGCCGCCUGUCUGACCGCUUCCGCGCCGUCUGUCCGGUCGCUGAGGCGGCAGCUGGGCGAGUCACUUCGCCUCCGUGUCAGGAACAUCCCCAAACCGCCCGUGGAAGAUGACAAGCGAGUGGACACGAGGGUUGCCGUGCUGUUCUCUGGCGGCCUGGAUUGCUCGGUCCUCGCGAGGCUGACGCACGAGCUGCUGGAUGAUAGCUACGGCAUCGAUCUCCUCAAUGUUGCCUUCGAGAACCCCCGCGUAGUGGCCCAGCUCAAGAAAGAGGCACGAGGCAGUCCGGUCAACCCGUACGAAACCUGCCCAGACCGGAUAACAGGGCGGAAGUCGCUUGAGGAGCUGCAGAAAUCGUGCCCAGGGAGACGAUUCCGCUUCGUAGCCGUAAAUGUGCCAUACUCGGAGACAUUGACGCAUCGCAAGGAAGUGGUGUCUCUAAUCUACCCCCACGACACAGAGAUGGACCUCUGGAUAGCGUAUGCUCUGUAUUUUGCAGCGCGCGGCCAGGGGUCAUGCGCUGAAGCCGGAACGCCUGAGGCCCAGUACACCACACCGGCCCGAGUUCUUCUCUCCGGGCUAGGGGCUGACGAGCUCUUUGGUGGAUACGCGCGGCAUGCCACGGCCUUUUCAAGGCAGGGCCAUGCCGGCUUGGUUGACGAGCUUAAGCUCGACAUCGGGCGCGUGGGGAAACGAAACUUAGGUAGAGACGACCGCGCCAUAGCUCACUGGGGGAAAGAAGUACGAUUCCCCUACCUGGAUGAGCGCCUAGUGCGGUGGGCUAUCGAGACGCCGGCCUGGGAAAAAUGCGACUUCGCCAACGGGGAGGACAUUUCCGGCGUCGACGCGGUCAAAAGGGUCCUCCGACUCCUAGCUCUCGAGCUGGGGAUGGAGGGCGUCGCGAGGGAGAAGAAGAGAGCGGUUGGUUUCGCACUCCAUUCUAUUCGAAGUCCCCUCGUCCCAUUACUAAAAUUGCUAUAG